CAUCAGCCUCGUCUUCUAUCAACAGUUCACCUUCACCUCUCUACCCAAGCUCAACACUCCUCUCAUGGACCAAGAAGAUGUCGAAAUUGACAUCGACACUCGGUCUCAGAUUCUGCAAACAACUCUAGCAGAGAUAUCUGCAGCACGGAAAGACGACCCCACUGAAGGCGAUGGCGAAGACGAAGACGAAACCUGCUGUGUGAUCUGCCUCGAGCGAGUGUCUGACCAGGCAGUUGCGCAGCCGUGCCAACACGCUUCUUUCGACUUUCUCUGUCUGAUCAGUUGGUUACAGGAGCAGUCUUCAUGUCCGCUCUGUAAAGCAGAUGUCAAGACUGUGCGGUACGACUUCAAGAAUGCGGAGACCUUCAUGGUCUAUGAGGUUGCCUCGACAGACAACAAUGCGCCUCCUUUAACAUCAACCACGAAUUCGAAUUCGAACUACAACUCAAGGGGUCGAUUUGAUUAUAGGGGGAGAAGACCAUACCGGGAGAGGAGAGAUACUCGCGCGCCAGCACAAACACCAGAUGAGGCCCUCCUCCGACGUAGACAAGUUUACGAGGACCAGCUAUUCUCCCUCCAUGUCGGAACCAAUCGAGUUUCGCGCUUCCGCGAUCUCACACCUGCCCUCUUCACCAGCGACACAGAACUACUCUCACGAGCACGCAAAUGGAUCAGGCGGGAACUCCGUGUCUUUACGUUCCUGAAUCCAGAUGCCACGUCAACGUCUGGUCCGAGCAGAAGUAAUGAUCGUCGGGCGAACAACGCAGAGUUUUUACUCGAAUACAUCAUUGCUAUUCUGAAGACAGUAGAUAUCCAGGGGAGUGGUGGACAAGCCGAGGAGAUGCUGAGUGAGUUCCUGGGGAGGCAGAAUACGAGGCUGUUUUUACACGAGUUGAGGGCUUGGUUGAGAAGUCCGUACACUGAGUUGGCGGAUUGGGAUAGGCAUGUGCAGUAUGCUGAAGCUAGAGGAAGGAAAGACGGGGAGGGUGAGAGAACGGGCGAGCGCUCAGGAGGAGGGACGAGGAGGGGGAGAGGGGAGUAUAGAGGAUUGUCAAGGGCUAGGAGAGGGAAUGGUUCUGGGAGGGACAGGGGAAGAUUCGUGCCGUAUUGGAGAAGAGAAGCAAGGGCAGAUGGGUGAAAGUGCUUGAGGGAAUGCUUAAGCAUACCUCUAGACCUUCUCUCCAAUACCGACGUGGAAGCCAUAUAGCUUUGACUAUCCCAAUGCCGGGAAUAUGAAAUCCCAGCGCUGCAAAAGAGAGGGUAACCGGCAAAGAUACGAGAAUAUCAGCUAGCUGAGCCCUCCAGAGGCAGUAAUGGACUCAGUCCUGCUCCUGGGAGGAUACCUCGCUCCAGAAGAUCGAGAUGCUGCUCACAUGUACAAAGGACAAGAAUGUCUAUGAAUACCUAAUAUACCAGAAUCCAUCAUCAAUUUUAAAAUCUACAAGAACCGCUGCCUAAUUCCUAGCACAAAAUCACUCGUCCCACUUCUCCUUUCCAUCUCCAAUCUCCAAGUUGGAGCCCAAUCUAUCCUCUUCCUGUCACUUCUUCCAUGCUUCGUCUCUAUCCUCAUACUGUCGAGAAAGCAAGCAGAGGAGAGAAGCCAAGACGCUGCAACUCGGAUGUUGUGCUAUUGGUGCUGUGGAGAUGCGUUUAUCACAGUCGGGGAGCUGGUGUGCAGUGGACGAUAAAGGAAGGUAGUGUCAAAUCAGCGGUGCUGGAUAUUCUCAGAUUGUGUAGCUGAGUGACAUCUGAGCAGUAGUAGACGACUACCGAACUUGCUCAUGCGAGAAGGAUAAGAGAACGAGCGGUGAAAGAUAUAAACAUAGCCGGAAGAACCUAGAUAGUAUUGGGGUCACGGACUAAAGGGACAUAACGAGAUGACAAAACAUGAAAGU